CCCUCAUCCUCACUUUCAUUGUUCAGGAGGUAGAUUGACGGGAAGUCCAAAAACGAACACAGGAAAUGUCCGUUGUAUGCAUUGCUUACGUGCACAAAAUUUAGCUAAAGAUGUCCAUGAGUGGGACGGAUCCGGGGAUGCUCUCGUGGGCGAAAAGACUGGCCAUGGCGAUCAUAGCGGCACGUCCAUUCUUCAUUUCUACAAUCUUGUAUCGGGCAGCGUCUUCUUCGGACAUAUUCUUUCCAAGACCCAACACGUCAAAGUUCAAGUCACCAGGAGUCUUGGUGGACUUUCCUCGGAAGUUGUCUCCAGAAUGUCCGACACUUUCUCCUUCGCAGAUAGCAAUGAAGAAAAGGAUUCCGGCAAACCAUCCGGGUUGCUCCUUAGCAAAGACUCCAAGAGCUUGUGUCCAGUCCGAUUCUUCGGGGAAUCCAGGGAUGUGCAUACCCAAUCCCAUACCACCCUUUUGAAUUGACAUACGUGAAAAAACCCGACCGAAAAAAUUUAAACGUUAGAUUGCUACAUUAGGAAUUCAAAUACACAAUCAUCGUAAAUGCUAACGCAUGUGGGAACAUAUACAAUGUGCCUGAUUGAUGAAAUCUCAAAAGCUUCAAGUGGUAGUGCAGACCGUAUCAACCGACAUUUCGUCACAUCAUUUGCUGUUGUGUUGUGUUUCAUUCUCGUACCUGGUGCGUAGCCCAGAUUCCGGUCCAUGCGAUCAUGGCUUGACGUCCAUGCUUGAUUUCAGCCUCUUGCAAGAAUUGAACAUCUGGGAACAUGUUUGGGAAGGUGUCGAAACUCUCGCCGGUACCGAGCUUGGCCAAGUUGAGGGGAUCGAACGGAACUCCUCCGACUUCUUCGAAACCGGUGGCCUUAAGAGCCGACGAUUGCGAGGCAGUCUGUUGAGGGGCAAACGCCGAAGCGGAUGCGACAAGGGAAGCUAGGAGGGCAGCGGAAAACUUGGCCAUGGUGGAAAUUUAGUUGAUAAUGGGAGCAAGCAGAGGCUAGGUGUAAAGGAAGUCCGAUAUCCCAUACCUAGCACAUG